AUGGCUGAAGUCCUUGUUAGUGCUGUCGUGACUGUGCUGGUGGAUAAGCUAUAUUCUGGUGCCUUGAUGAAUUUUGCUCGAUCUCAAGGAAUCGAUUCUCAGCUGAAAAAAUGGAAGAAAAAGUUGCCUCUGAUUCAAGCUGUGCUAGCUGAUGCGGGCCAGAAGGAAAUAACACAAAAAGCUGUUGAACUGUGGCUGAUGGAGCUCCAGGACGUGGCUUACGACAUAGAUGAUGUACUUGAUGAUAUCGCCACAGAAGUUAUGAGGCGUAAGUUGAAUCAACAAGAAUCUCAUGCCAACACUACUGCUAGUAAGGUAAUGAAAAUCAUCCCAGUUUGUUGUACUAAUUUCAUUCCACAUAACUUCAUGUAUGGUCGUGAGAUUAGUUCUAAGCUGGAUGAGAUUACCGCUAGAUUGGAUGAUCUUUUUCAGCAGAAAAAUGAUUUGGGCUUGAAUGUGAAUGUUGAAAAGUCAAGUAGAACAAAUAAACCAUUGGAAGAAACUUCACUGGUAGACGAGUCAGAGAUUUUGGGGCGGGAAGAAGAUAAGCAGGCAUUGCUCGAGAAGCUUUUGGGGGCUGAAGUGAGGGAUUAUCACAAUGUGAAAAUCGUGUCAAUAGUUGGUCUUGGUGGGGUUGGCAAAACAACUCUUGCAAGAGUCUUGUACAACGACGAGCAAGUGAAGGGUCACUUUGAACUCAGAGCAUGGGUUUGUGUGUCCGAUGAGUUUGAUGUAUUCAAUGUCAGCAAGGCUAUUUAUCAAGCUGUAUGUGGUGAAACCAAAGAAUUUGCUAACCUUAAUCUGCUUCACGUGGCUCUUAAAGAAAAACUUUCAAACAAACGAUUCUUACUCGUUCUAGAUGACGUCUGGAACGAAGACCACCAGAGUUGGAUAGCCCUCAAACAGCCACUUGUAGGGGCACCUGGAAGUAAAGUUAUUGUAACCACCCGGAACACCAUAGUUGCAUCGGUAAUGAACUCGGUUCAACCUCACAAUCUGGGGGUUUUGUCAGAUGAGAUAGCUUUAUCUUUGUUAGCUCAAUAUGCACUAGAAGAACAAAACUUCGACAAACAUCCAUCACUUAUAUCGAUUGCUCAAGGUAUUGUUAAGAAGUGUGAUGGUUUGCCUUUGGCAUUGGUAGCACUUGGGAGGGUCUUGAAGACUAAAGGAAUUGAUGAUGUUGCAUGGGAAGAGUUGUUGAGAAGUGAGAUAUGGAGCUUGCACGACAGUAGUUAUAUUCUUCCCGCACUCAAGCUAAGCUACUAUCAUCUCCCUUCACAUCUAAAGCAACUGUUCGCAUAUUGCUCCAUGUUUCCAAAGGACUAUGAGUUUGAAAAGAAGAAACUAGUCCUAAUGUGGAUGGCACAAGGGUUUCUAUCUCAACCAAAGGGCAACAACCAACCAAUGGAGAGUUUGGGUGUCAAGUAUUUUGAAGAGCUACUAUCGAGGUCCUUUUUUCAGCCUUUAGGGAAUGAUGAAUCACGAUAUAAAAUGCAUGACUUAAUGAAUGACUUGGCCACAAGUGUUGCAGGAGAGUUUUUCUUUAGGUUGGAUGAUAAGAAUGAUCUAAAUGAUAGGAGCAGAAAUUUUGAAAAGUAUCGCCAUUUUUCAUUCAUAGAUCAAGAAGUUGCACAAUCUAGAAAGUUCAAGCAAUUGUAUAGAAUUAGAUCCUUGAGAACAUUCUUACCGUUGUCAACUCCAUGGCAAAGAUUGAAAGCAUCAGAUAGUAUUAUUUUAGAAUUAAUUUCCAAAUUAGAGUCCCUAAGAGUGUUGAGCUUAAGUAACUGCUCUAUAACAGAGGUAUCACAAUCCAUUGGUAGUCUCAAGCAUUUGCGGUACCUAAAUUUAUCGAAUACAGACAUCAAACGACUACCAGAACAGGUUAGUGAGCUUUAUAAUGUACAAAGCUUGUUGGUUCGUGAUUGUCAUCAGUUAUCAAGCUUGCCGGACAGUUUUGCAAAGUUGAUAAACUUGCGACAUCUUGACAUGACCAAUACUCCGUCAUUGAAGAAGUUGCCUUUGGGGAUUGGUGAGUUAAGGAAUCUUCAAACCUUAUCCAAGGUUAUUAUUGAAGAAGAAAAUGGGUUUCAAAUAUCUGAGCUGAAGUGGCUAAAGGAUCUUCAAGGUCAACUAUAUAUCAAAGGGUUGGACAAAGUGAUAGAUCCAGCACAAGCAAAGGAUGCCAACUUACAGCAAAAGAAGGGUCUUGAAGAUCUGUACAUGGAAUGGGGUACUCAUCAUGGAAAACCAACUACUGAAUAUGAAGUACUUGAAAGACUAAGAGCACCUCACAAUAAGCUGAAAAAACUUGAGAUUGCAGGAUAUGGGGGAACAGAAUUUCCAAGAUGGAUUGGGGAUCCUUCAUUUCAUCGGUUAACAGAGCUUACAUUAAGGGAUUGUAAAAACUGUACACAUUUACCAACAUUUGGGCAGACUUCACUUAGGAAGUUGGGAAUAUAUAGCUGUCCAAAGUUGGUGUCAAUUAAGGGAGAGGAAGAGAUGAUUAAUGUUGGGAGUAGCAUCAUUCGAUCUCUUAGACAAGUGAUACUUAGUAAUUGUGAUUCUCUGGAGAGUUAUUGUUGUCAAAAUAGCGUUGAGAGUUUGUAUAUAAGGAAUUGUUUGUCAAUGACAACAUUGAGCUUCUCUAUAUUCCAGGAGGAGGACCUCCCAUCAUCAUUAUCAUCAUACUCGAGUUUGAAGAUUCUUGAGGUGAGCCAUUGCAAGAAUAUUAAGUCAAUAUUUCAAGAGCAUUUGCAAAGUCUCACAUCUUUGGAGGUCAUGGGGAUAUAUAAAUGUCCAAGUAUGGAGGAUUCAUUUCCAUCAUGUGGGUCUCCGUGGCCUCCUAAUUUAUGGAAGUUGGAAAUAGGAGAAUUAAAGAAGCCAAUGUCAGAAUGGAGACCUCAAAAUUACCCUUCAUCACUUGUUGAAUUAGAGUUAUAUGGCAGAGAUUCAGGAGUGGUUUCAUUUGGAAUAAUGGAACAACAACAAGAUCAUAAUAAUACGAGUUCAUCAUGUUUUCUUCUUCCACCAUCUCUAACUUUUUUAAGAAUUGUUGGUUUUGAGGAAGUUGAAUCAAUUUCACAGGUUUUACAACACCUCCCUCAACUUCAACAACUUUAUAUUAUUAACUGUCCGAAACUUAGAGAUGUGUUAGAGACAACUUCAUCUUUGAGAGUAAAUGUGUCAUAUUAUCAGUAUUAGCAUUAGUAAUUUGUUAACAAAUGUUCAGAGGUAUUCAUAUAUUAGUUCUCCGACAAUUUGAUGAAAUUCCUGAAAAAAAAUACCCGGUUCUUGGAACUCCCAAUUAAUUGUGGCUUUUCAUGUUUGUAGGUUUUCUCUUUUUUUUUUCCGUUGUUUUUUGUUUAAAUAUAUUUAUACCUUCAAUAAUUUUGUUAGCCU